AUGGCCACUGGCUCCUCGUCGCCCUACCUCAACCACCUGUCCCAUCACGACCAGCACAUAAUGCAAGCGGUGGCCACUCAGUCCAUGUCGUACGGCCGCGAGCCGCCCGAACUCAAAUACAUGCCACACCACACGCAGAGCCCUAAUGGGCACUCACUCAGCGCCCACCACCAGUGGGCCGUCGGCCUGCCAUCGCACGCCACCGACAACAUGAGCCCCUGGACGCCCACCGGCAUCCACGGCCUCCACCAUCAGGACAUCAAACCGAACGGGCCGUCCAGCGCCGACAUUCACGCCUCCAUACACGCCCACCACCGGUCCAAUCAACACAUGGCUUCGUCGCAUCCGUGGCACCCGUCGUCACUGCACGCCUCGUCGGCCCACAUGACAGCCAUGACUCCGCACAGUAACGGCUCGUCGCCGCUGCAACACCACGGCUACGGCAUGAACGGUAUGUUAGCGCACUCGGCGGGCAACGGGCCGUCGCAAGUGCUGCACCCGGCGAUGCGGGGCGACCUCAGCGUACACAACGACAUGAGCCGAUUAGACGACAUCCGCGCCGGUUCUGUCGGCCUUCACGGCGAUCACAGGCACUCGGAGAGCGCCGGCGAAGAGGAGACGCCCUCGUCGGACGACUUGGAACAGUUCGCCAAACAAUUCAAACAAAGACGAAUCAAACUGGGCUUCACUCAGGCGGACGUGGGUCUGGCGUUGGGCACCCUUUACGGCAAUGUGUUCUCCCAGACGACGAUCUGUCGCUUCGAAGCGUUACAAUUAAGUUUCAAAAACAUGUGUAAACUGAAGCCAUUACUCGCCAAAUGGUUAGAGGAGGCGGACUCGACCACCGGUUCGCCGACGAGUAUCGAUAAGAUCGCAGCGCAGGGACGCAAACGCAAGAAGCGCACCAGCAUUGAGGUGUCGGUGAAAGGGGCGCUGGAAACGCAUUUCCACAAACAGCCCAAACCGUCGGCUCAGGAGAUCACAGCACUGGCCGAACACUUGCAGUUAGAGAAGGAGGUCGUGAGGGUCUGGUUCUGCAAUAGACGGCAAAAGGAGAAACGCAUGACUCCGCCGACCGGUGCAAUGGACGGCUCAAUGAUGAUGAGCCCACACGACAGCAGCGGCCAUCAGAUCAGUCCACUACAUCAUCCACACUCACACAGCCCUCCCUAUUCACCGCAACCACAUUAUUGA